UUCUCCAAGGAGGAGCGAGGGUUUUGUGAUGGAUCUGCUCGAGGCGCUGGAGCGAUCCGAGAUCGUGGAGGAGCGGAUUGCGCUGUUCAAGCUGCUUGAAACAAGCGGCAUUUCUUCCGAUUAUGCUCGAUCCGUCGCCAUCGCUCUUUUUAAAUCUUGGAAGAUGUCUCGAAGUCAAGAACUCGAGUAUCGUCUAGAAAUCCUUGCUACUGCUUCGUCACAGAUUUCUGCAAAUGAGAACAAUGGAGCACUGCUCGUGAAGUAUGGUGAAAUCGCCAGUGAGGCUUGCGCAUGGUUUGCUGAUGAUUCAUGUGCCGAAACGGCGCAGUUGCCGCUUCUAAGGUUGAUCUCGGCUCUUUUCUCCCAGUCCGAUCUUCUAUUGUGCGAACCCGAUAUCACGUUUAAGGCGCUCUUAGAAAACUACUUGCGCUUCGUCAAAGCGGCGUCUUUAUCCGAGGCGUUCCGAGAUGCUUCAAAGGAGAUUCAAUUGGCACACUCUACGUCUCUGAAGCUGAUGACAGAUACUGUGCUGAAGAAGCUUACGACCGCUCGCUUCAGCAGUGGCAUGCACGAGAUUUAUGCUUGCGUGCUGCAAGCUUUGGUUGAGAUUGGGGCGAAAGCGGCAGCCCCCGGCUUGGUGAGCGUAUCAUGGAGGGUUGCAGCACGACUUCUCGAAAUGGAAGCGUUUCACGAUGUUGCAGCCAGAAGCGUUAGUAUUUCCAACAUUAUAUCCACACUUUUGUCGCUGGCAUCAGAAUGGCUCACACUGGCUCUCAGGCCUACGCAGUCUCUACUUGACGACACCUCUGGCAACCUGAAAAGUCAGCACCUCGUUAUGGUGAAGUUUUACGUCGUCCAUGCUCUUCGUAUUUCUCGUGCUUAUCUCUCGGAAGCAGUGUUGGUGCAGAAAGCGAUUGUGGGGUUCUCCAUAAACAUCUCAGCGUUACUCCUGGUUCUGGAAAAUGGCCAGUUUCUGGAGACCAUAUCGAAUGAUAUCUCUGUGCAAGUUGCUCCGCCAUCGCUCGCUUUUCUUCACACGCUUCUCAGCUCCGAGAAAAUCCAGGUUCACUCAAAAAGAGAGCUUAUCGAGUAUCUCACGAACGGAGACGUUCAGCUGGAAGACAUGGUGGUGAAUGUCCUUGGCGAAGCUGCUAGUUGCCAGAGAUACUCGUCGGCGGCACAGGUUGUUGUUUUUAUCCAACUGUUGCAACUAUCCAGGGAAUUUCAAGCGGACGUUCUAUUUCAACUCUCAAGAAAGCUCGACUGGUUGCUGGAAAGGCUGUCAGAAAUGCCUCUUCAUGCAAUGCUACUCCAGCAGAGGGCCCUGGUAUCGAUCGACGCCAAGCCAGGAAUGCAACUGCUUUAUCUGUCGGUCUUGCAAGCUUUGGAAGCAUUUGUAUUAGCUGCUGCUUCAAAAGUGGAGGUAUGGGAGGAGGUGGAACGCUUCAUUUUCGGGAACGCAAUUCACAGGUUUUCGAUUUGCCGAGAGUUGCUGCUAGAUCUUUGGAGCUUUAUUUUUAAAGUCGGAAACGAGAAGCUCUGUCAGGCUCACCUGGAGGCUCUACUCUCACUAUAUCGGUAUUUGUCGUCUUCAAGCUACGGAGACAUGCAUUCCGAAAUUCUUCAAGACUUCGCCAGACUCAUUUGCCGGUUGGCAAAGUUUGCGCCGGGUUCGGUACGAGCCAGGCUGACGUCUUCAGUUUUCAAGAGAGAUGUCUUCACAGCGAAGUCCUCCGCAGUGAUUGCUUCACUCCUUCUACGACGAGGUUUCGCUAUUCCGAAAAAUAUUGCGCUGGAACAAGUGCGUGCUGCUUUGGACGUCAUUUCUUCCAAUUCUUUCCCCACAAAAGAGGAGGCUCUUUCAAUCCUGCUCGACUUGUCGUCUGAGAGCCAUACUUUCCAACGUGACGUUUCAAACAAAAUCUCAAAACUGUUACUCAGCAUCAUAGACAAAGCAGCGGUUGGAAGUCCACUCUUGAGCAAAGCAGUACUCGGUUUGGCGAGGUUGAAGGCGGUGUUCAGUGAUGCGGAUAUUGAGAAGGCUGUGAUUACGUUAAACAACAAGCUAUCAUCGCAUCACGAGCAGCUCGAAGACAGACCGGAGUUGAAGAUUCAUCUCCCAGAGCUUUUGACAAGCUUGGCCGACUUUACCUUCCAGGAAGAGGAGCCGGACUCUCAAAUCCAGGCCAUCUGGAAGCUUUAUCAUCUGGCUCUGGCGGAGAAACACUGGGCUCUGGUUCACGCCGGCCUCACAUCAUUCAGCGAGUUUGCUGCGACAACCUCAUGCAACGAUCUCUGGAGGUUUCUUCCAGCCGACGCUGCUCUAUCAUUCGACUCCUCCGGGGACACGGUCAUGGAGGACGGCUUCAUGGCAGCAGUCCGCUUGUUCCUCGAGAAAGCCACGAACAGAACAACGCUGAGCAUGAGUGACGGCGAUCUCGAGCUCCUCAGAGAAGAGUGCGAGUCACAGAGAGCCUCGCAAGACAAGCUUCUUAGACAAACUGGCACAGCCAAACAGGAACAGGGGAACGAAGCCACUGCUGCCGUGACGAAGAUACGAGAAGGAAUAGCUUUGCUGCGAGAAGCUCCCCGCCAAAAGGAAAUACUACACAAGCUGAUCGCGGAGCUUCAAAGCUUACAGGACGUUCCUGGAACUCUAUAAACUCGAGGUAGAGUAUGAGUUUAUCGUUCUCGGUCUAACUCCAUUCUUCUCACAGGAGAACGCGAUGAUCUCGACGAUGAUCUUAAUCUCACUUCGACUACAGAGGAAAGAUCUGGAAUGUUAGAACAAUCGACUACACUGGUAGAUUGUCCAUUUCAUCUUUGAAAACUAGAGAAUUGAGCGUGCUUGUGAACAUUACGUAGUGUUGCGGCGGGAGCUAAUCCGAGAACUCCGUCUGGGUGGUGGCGACGAGCUCUCACCAUUCUUUGGACUGCUG